AUGGACUCUGCUGAACUGGUCGAGGAAAGGUCGCUGUACGUGGGCAACGCCCUUAGCUGUAUCCUAUAUGGAUUUAAUCUGCACGCGUACUUCGCGACCGUACUCGCUCUAAAGAACUCAAAAAGCCGAAGUGUCCCACGAAUAUUCUACAAUGUCUUUGGUGGGAUCAUGCUGCUUUUCGUGACUUGCGCCCUCGUUACCAGUGAACUGCGUGGUCAGUUUGCAUGGAUCGACCAGCGAGGACAGUCCGGCGGGCCGGAAGCGUAUCUGCAGCAGAAUGUCACCGAGUGGUAUGUUACAAUUAGCUCGGUCGCAACUCUGCUAGCAGAUGCGAUGAGCAAUGGACUAAUGAUGUAUCGGUGUUAUUUGAUCUGGGGGCAUAGUCUCCGGGCUGUCGUUCUCCCCUUUGCUCUUUUUGUGCCUGCCGUUGCCAUUUCCAUCGUGAUGACGACGACGAGCGCUAUGCCAGGGGCUUCCGAGUACACUGGCAUGCCACUCAAAUACGACAUCAUCUGGAUGGCGCUCACUACCGCUUUCAAUGUCGUGACGACUGGGACCAUUUGUUUCAGGAUAUUCCAGAGCUACCGCCAGCUCCGGCGCAUGUUCCCAACACAGCAGCACGAAGCCGCGUUUCAUCCGUACACUAAGUCGAUAACAAUCAUCGUUGAGUCGUCGCUGCUGUUCACGGUGGUCACCGUCGUGUAUCUAGUCGUCCAGUGUAUCGACAGCCCGGUUGAUAUAGCUAUCGGGGCUGUAUGGACCAACUUCUGCGUUUUGGCGCCUCAGCUCAUCAUUUUACGCAUCGCCUCCGGUUCGGCGUGGACGGAUCCCACGACGAAGGAGAACUUAUCGAAGCUGACCACGGCUAUUUCUUUAGACUUGGAGCAGUCUGGCGCGUCGCAUUACCCUUAG